CAUCCCCAUCGUCAGACGGUGAGGAGAGCGAAGCGGACGCGAGGCGAGAAGCGGGAGGAGGAUCAGCGGCAGGAAGAGCCGGUUCUGCGGGCAGCGGCGCGAGCGCGAGGCGUUUCCUUCCCUUCUACUCGGUCGGUGCGGAGCUCUUGAUUCGCGAAGACACGCCAUGUCGGCCAAGGCCAUCUCGGAGCAGACGGGCAAGGAGCUCCUCUACAAGUACAUCUGCACGUCAGCAGCGCUGCACAACCGCUUCAAGUACGCUCGGGUGGGCUGCGACACGGACUGGGAGCGCCUCACCCAGGAGCACCCGUGGCUCCUCGCUGAGCGACUGGUGGUGAAGCCAGAUCAGCUCAUCAAACGCCGGGGGAAGCUGGGCCUGGUGGGCAUUGACCUCGACCUGACGGGCGUGAAGGAGUGGCUCAAGUCACACCUCAUGAAGGAGACCGUGGUGGGGAAGGCCAAAGGCCUCCUGAAGAACUUCCUCAUCGAGCCAUUUGUAGCCCACAAGCAGGAGGAGGAGUUCUAUGUGUGUAUCUUUGCUACCCGGGAGGGCGACCAUGUGCUUUUCCACCACGAGGGUGGGGUGGACGUGGGCGACGUCGAUGCCAAGGCGCAGAGAUUGCUGGUGGGAGUCGACCAGAAGCUGGAAAGCAGCGCAUUGAAAAGCCACCUGCUGUCCCAUGUGCCUGAUCAUAAGAGAGAGGUCUUAGCCAGCUUCCUAGUGGGACUCUUCAACUUCUACGAAGACCUGUACUUCACAUAUCUGGAGAUAAACCCUUUGGUGGUCACCGAGGAUUGCGUCUAUGUGCUGGACAUGGCAGCCAAGAUCGACGCAACUGCGGACUACGUGUGCAAGGCCAAGUGGGGUGACGUGGAGUUCCCCCCUCCCUUUGGCAGAGAGGCGUACCCUGAGGAGGCCUACAUCGCUGACCUGGAUGCCAAGAGUGGCGCAAGUCUCAAGCUCACUCUCAUCAACCCCAGUGGGAGGAUCUGGACCAUGGUGGCUGGAGGAGGGGCAUCUGUCGUUUACAGUGACACCAUCUGCGAUCUGGGUGGUGUGAAUGAGCUGGCCAACUACGGCGAGUACUCGGGGGCACCUAGUGAGCAGCAGACAUACGAUUAUGCCAAGACCAUCCUGUCCCUCAUGACCCGGGAAAAGCACAAGGACGGAAAAGUCCUCAUCAUAGGUGGAAGCAUUGCUAACUUCACUAAUGUGGCGGCUACCUUCAAGGGCAUUGUGCACGCCAUCAAGGACUACCAGGGCCCCCUCAAGGAGCAUGAAGUCACCAUCUUUGUGCGCCGCGGUGGCCCCAACUACCAGGAGGGACUAAGGGUGAUGGGAGAAGUAGGGAAGACUACUGGGAUCCCCAUCCAUGUGUUUGGAACUGAAACACACAUGACCGCCAUCGUUGGCAUGGCGCUGGGCCAUCGACCAAUCCCCAACCAACCACCUGUGGCUGCCCACACAGCCAACUUCCUGCUCAACUCCAGCACCAGUGUAUCGACUCCAGCCACCACCAGGACUGCCUCCUUCUCUGAGUCCAGUCCACCCAGUGAGGUUACACCUGCAAAAAAGUCCAAGCCUGGGGUUCCACCAGAACAACAGGCUUCAUCAGACAAAGCUGGAGCAAAAGCUACCACACUUUUCAGCAGGCACACAAAAGCCAUCAUAUGGGGCAUGCAGACGCGGGCAGUGCAGGGCAUGCUGGACUUCGACUACGUGUGUUCUCGCGAUGAGCCCUCUGUGGCAGCCAUGGUCUACCCUUUCACUGGAGACCACAAACAGAAGUUUUACUGGGGCCACAAAGAGAUUCUACUGCCGGUGUACAAGAACAUGGGGGAUGCCAUGAAGAAACACCCUGAGGUGGAUGUGCUCAUCAGCUUUGCCUCAUUGAGAUCUGCUUUUGACAGCACCAUGGAGACCAUGCAGUACCCCCAGAUACACACCAUUGCCAUUAUUGCAGAGGGCAUCCCAGAAGCACAGACCAGGAAACUUAUCAAAACUGCAGAUGAGAAAGGUGUCACCAUCAUUGGCCCAGCAACGGUAGGUGGUAUCAAGCCUGGCUGCUUCAAGAUUGGGAACACAGGAGGUAUGCUGGACAACAUCCUGGCCUCCAAGCUGUAUCGCCCCGGCAGUGUGGCUUAUGUGUCCCGCUCUGGGGGGAUGUCCAACGAGCUCAACAACAUUAUCUCUCUCACCACUGAUGGAGUCUAUGAGGGUGUGGCCAUUGGUGGAGACAGGUACCCUGGUUCUACUUUCAUGGACCACGUGCUCCGCUAUCAGGACACUCCUGGAGUGAAGAUGAUUGUUGUCCUGGGUGAAAUUGGUGGCACUGAAGAAUAUAAGAUCUGUCAGGGCAUCAAGGAGGGUAGGAUCACCAAGCCUGUAGUCUGCUGGUGCAUUGGGACCUGUGCCACCAUGUUCUCCUCAGAGGUACAGUUUGGUCAUGCUGGGGCCUGUGCCAAUCAGGCGUCUGAAACCGCUGUGGCCAAAAACCAAGCCCUAAGGGAAGCUGGAGCCUUUGUCCCUAAGAGCUUUGAUGAGCUGGGAGAUGUAAUUAAAACGGUUUAUGAUGACCUCGUUGCGAAAGGAAUCAUUGUCCCUGCACAAGAGGUGCCCCCUCCGACAGUACCCAUGGAUUACUCCUGGGCGAGGGAGCUUGGUCUGAUCCGCAAGCCUGCCUCCUUCAUGACUAGCAUCUGUGAUGAGCGUGGCCAGGAGCUCAUCUAUGCAGGCAUGCCCAUCACAGAGGUCUUCAAGGAGGAGAUGGGCCUUGGAGGGGUGCUGGGGCUCCUCUGGUUCCAGAGAAGAUUACCUCGAUAUGCCUGCCAGUUCAUCGAGAUGUGUCUAAUGGUGACUGCAGACCAUGGCCCCGCUGUCUCUGGUGCCCAUAACACCAUUGUCUGUGCCCGUGCUGGAAAGGACCUCAUCUCCAGCUUGACUUCAGGCCUGCUAACCAUUGGUGACCGUUUUGGAGGCGCUCUUGAUGCUGCAGCCAAGCAGUUCAGCAAGGCAUUUGAUAGUGGCCUGCUUCCCAUGGAAUUUGUCAACAAGAUGAAGAAGGAUGGCAAGCUGAUCAUGGGCAUUGGGCACAGGGUGAAAUCGAUCAACAACCCGGACAUGAGAGUCCAGAUCCUCAAAGACUUUGUGAAGCAGCACUUCCCUUCUACUCAGCUGCUGGACUAUGCAUUGGAUGUUGAGAAGAUCACCACCUCUAAGAAACCAAACCUCAUCCUGAAUGUAGAUGGCUUAAUAGGGGUGUCCUUUGUGGAUCUCCUCAGGACGUGCGGGGGUUUCACAAGGGAUGAGGCAGAUGAGUUUGUGGAGAUUGGUGCUCUCAAUGGAAUUUUUGUCCUCGGCCGCAGCAUGGGAUUCAUUGGACACUACCUUGACCAGAAGAGACUUAAGCAGGGUUUGUACCGCCAUCCUUGGGAUGACAUUUCGUAUGUCCUUCCGGAACACAUGUCCAUGUAACCAUGUCAAUGGGACCAUUUCUCAUCGGUGACAAGGCCAAGGAUGACUGCUUUUCCCUUGUAGCUCUUUUUUUUUUUUUUUUUUUUUUUUGCAAAGGGAGGGGGUUUGUGACACUGGAGGACAAAGGCUGUUGUUCUCCACCCAGCCCUGAAGAACAUCCUUGUCCUGUUAGUUCAGUUGAAGGUGCAAGUUGAAGAAACGUACCAAAACGAGUCCGAUCCAGAAUGGUUGUCACUACAGAGGGAUAUUUAUAAGGUGGUGAUUUGGAUUUUGUUUCCCAAAGACUACAUCAUUUGCAGCAGGGCAAAAUUUUUCUUUUCUUUUUUGCUUAUGAGCUGGUCUUCAGUGUACUAAUGUCUUUGGAAGCCAGUUGUGCUAUAGACCCUAGUGCUGCUCAUGUGCCCAAAGCUGCCUGUUUUCUUGUUCACUACCAAUUAGUUGGCCUCGCUGCCAUUGCUGGCACUACGAAUCUAUUCUUUUACUCUUCCAAAGAAGGCUCUAUAAAUCUGUUUUCAGCUGUCCGCCACACAGUGCAAUGAAGACCUUCACAAUAUGAAAACUGAGAAUGUUGUUUUUAGAUUAUAGCCAUAUAAGUGUUUCUGUGGUCUGAGUGUGUGCAACAUGCCAGAGAAGAUGCUGACUUGGACAGAAGUUUUCAUUGUUAUGAGUGAAGAUGAAAUCGUGCAUAAACCAUACUGAGUUGCUAGUGCCAUCAAGCUCGUCUGGUCGGGGUGCUGGGAAAAGUGCUGCUCUGUGUCGAGGCCCCUGGAUACGGCCCGGGACCGGGACCAGGAGCAGACGGAGCACUGAGUACUUUGUGGGUAAGGCAGGAGAUUCACGGCUUUUUAUUCUCUGCCUUUCCCCGCUCGCCCCCCCAUGUGAACGCAGAACAAAGUUGGGAUAUCGGCAUCCUGUUUUUUUUUUCCCCUUUUCUUUUAAGUAUUAAAGUAUUAAUUGUACUAAUUGAACUGAUGCAGUAAAUUAAUAAAAGUACUUUGGGAGAAACUA